UUUCUUCAAUUUCUUGAAGUACCGCAGAGACGGAUCUGCAGCGCUUAAACACCGUCAGCGCUCGCUUUAGUUGCCGGAUGUCUUUACGACACAAAUAAAUGUUUAUUCAUUAGCGACGGCGGGCGUCUUGUAGCCUAAUGGAGAACCAACAUCGACAUCUCAUCUGCUGUGCUCCCUAAAGGACUCAUGAGACCCAUGAAGGUAAAAGCGCUUCUUCUGUGGUGACUGCAGACCUCUUCCCCUCCAACAUCUAAUCAUGGAUGAUACAGCUCCACAAGACACGUCUUCCCUCAUGAAGGGGGCCAGAGACAUUGCUAAGGAGGCCAAACGACAAGCUGUUAAGAAGGUCAACAAAGUUGUGGACCGUGCCUCAGACGAGUACUCCAACAGUCGAGCCUACCAGCGCUUCCAGGACGAAGACGAUGACUACUACAGCCAGCCGGAUGGGAACUACACAGGAGACCACGCCAACGAUGAAGAGGGAUCCAGUGACGCCACCGAGGGUCACGAUGACGAGGAUGAGAUAUAUGAAGGGGAGUACCAGGGGAUCCCCUCGGAGGCAAAGGCCAGAGAUGGACAGGUGGCUCUGGGACAGCCGCUGGCGGACGGCCUGAAGGACCGGAGGGAGCUGGAGAACGAGAGGCAGGCAGAUGAGGAGGAGCUGGCACAGCAGUACGAGCUCAUCAUACAGGAGUGUGGACAUGGCAGGUUUCAGUGGCAGCUGUUCUUCACUCUGGGCUUGGCGCUCAUGUCUGAUGGUGUGGAGGUCUUCGUGGUGGGCUUCGUUCUCCCUAGCGCAGAGACGGAUAUGUGUGUGCCUGACUCGAGCUCUGGAUGGCUAGGCAGCAUUGUGUAUUUGGGGAUGAUGAUAGGGGCCUUCUUCUGGGGCGGCAUGGCUGACAAGGUGGGCAGACGGCAGUGCCUGCUCAUUUGCAUGUCCAUGAAUGGCUUCUUCGCCUUCCUGUCAUCUUUUGUGCAGGGUUAUGGGUUCUUCUUGCUCUGUCGCACGAUAGCUGGCUUCGGGAUUGGUGGAGCAGUGCCCAUUGUCUUCUCGUACUUUGCUGAAGUAUUGGCAAGAGAGAAGCGUGGAGAGCAUCUGAGCUGGCUCUGUAUGUUCUGGAUGAUUGGAGAGAUUUAUGCCUCCGCCAUGGCCUGGGCCAUCAUACCUCACUAUGGCUGGAGUUUCAGUAUGGGCUCAGCUUAUCAGUUCCACAGCUGGAGGGUGUUUGUGGUGGUGUGCGCUCUCCCCUGCGUCUGUGCCGUGGUGGCCUUAACGUUCAUGCCGGAGAGCCCCAGGUUCUACUUGGAGGUGGGGAAGCACGACGAGGCCUGGAUGAUCCUCAAGCAGAUUCAUGACACAAACAUGCGAGCGCGUGGACAGCCCGAGAAAGUCUUCACCGUGAACAGAAUUAAGAUCCCAAAGCAGAUUGAUGAGUUUGUCGAGAUGCAGAACGAAUCUGGCAACCUUUUCUCAAAAGUUAUCUUCAGAGUAAAGACUGAGCUUCAUGGGAUUUGGUUGAACUUCUUGAAGUGUUUUAAUUAUCCAGUGAAAGACAGUACAGUCAAACUUGCUAUUGUGUGGUUCACACUGUCAUUUGGGUAUUAUGGUUUAUCCGUGUGGUUCCCUGAUGUCAUCAAACAUCUUCAGGCCGAUGAAUACGCCUCCAAAGUACAAAGGCAUACCAAUGAGCGCAUUGAAGACUUCACCUUCAAUUUCACCCUUGAGAACCAGAUACACACUAAUAGCUUAUUUAUCAAUGACAGGUUCAUAGGUAUGAAAUUCAAGUCUGUCACUUUCAUAAAUUCCACCUUUCAGAGUUGCUUUUUUGAGGAUGUGACAUCAGUGGGAUCUUUUUUUCGAAACUGCACAUUUAUUGAGGCUGUCUUCUAUAACACAGAUAUCGACGACUCCAAACUUAUAAACACAGAUGUGGUAAACAGCACGUUUUACCACAACAAAACAGGCUGUCAAAUGACGUUUGAGGAUGAUUAUAGUGCAUACUGGGUCUACUUUGUCAAUUUCUUGGGAACACUGGCUGUUCUGCCUGGCAACAUCGUAUCUGCACUGCUCAUGGACAAAAUUGGCCGCUUGUCUAUGUUAGGGUUUUCUAUGAUUCUGUCUGGUAUCAGCUGCUUCUUCCUGUGGUUUGGCACCAGUGAGUCGAUGAUGAUUGGGAUGCUGUGCUUGUACAAUGGGCUGAGUAUCUCCGCCUGGAACUCCCUGGAUGUUGUGACAGUAGAGCUGUAUCCUACGGACAGAAGAGGAACUGGAUUUGGCUUUUGUAAUGCCUUGUGCAAGCUAGCUGCGGUGAUGGGAAAUCUGAUUUUUGGAUCUUUAGUGGGCAUCACCAAAGCCAUCCCCAUUCUUCUGGCCUCUUCAGUGCUCGUAGGGGGAGGUCUGGUGGGACUGCGACUACCUGACACCAGGUCAAAUGUCCUCAUGUAACCCUUGUGUCGGAGGUCUGGAGAACCUUAAAAGGCUUGACUUAACCCUCAUUCCUCAUUGUUGUACACCGUGUACUUUUAUUGUGUUCAUAACAAGGUACUUCUUAAUUAGACAUCAUCACAUUUUGACAAUCUUUAGACUUUCUUUGCAAUAAUAAAACUUCUGCGCCUUUAUACUGUACAGUUCAUUUAACCAAGACCCCCAUGUUUCCUCGUGGCUUUUCAGAGGUUUGUGAUGGCCCAGGAAUGAACGUGAGCGUAAAUAUUAAUGUCCCCUUAUUAAGACUUGUGCAAAACAACCUAUUAAUGAGCAAGCCGAACCUGCUGUAAGUAUGCAGAGAGGAUAAUCAGACACGCCAAAAGCUCAGCACAGCUGCAUCACAGCUGGCUGACUGAAUCCUGAGAAUUACUAAAAAGAUGAGACACUGAGACCGGUCUACUGGUAAACAACUCUUUAUUCAGUUAUUCGUUUCAGGAUUUGACUAUACAUAAUGCAAACAUCAUCCACAUUUGGUAUCAUACAUUUCUAAUAAAAAAAAUAUGGUUUUGUUAUUGAAUGAGUUUCACUGAGUAUUAAGUAAGUUGCAGAUGAGGUUAAAACCCAUCUUUUUUUACAGUAUUAUUUUUACAAUCAAUCCUUUUGCAUGUGUACUCCAACCUCUGAUGAAAAAGGCCACAGCUGUUCACUAAGUACACGUAUAAAAUUCCUGCGGCCAGAUUUAUAUAUAUAUAAAAAAAGUUGUGCUCUGCGGUAUAUUUUGUUCAUAAGCUUUUUAUUGCAAGCCUAUUUGCUUUCAUAUAAACAGUUGUGUGUUAUCGGACUUGUCCUGCCACUUUGUGAUUUGUCUAACAGCGAAUGGCCUUUUGAAACUGUGCCUCUCCUACAUAAGAUCAUCAUCGCGUAUGAAUUGAGGUAGCUGCUGUUUUUGCUAUCAUAAGAGUGUGUAUCUGCCAGGGUCGCACAUGCAAACCAUCUUACAAUCCGACAGAAAGGAUUGAUGAAAAUCAGGCUGGUCAUGUCCCGGAAAGCCUCUUUUAUGUACAGUGUCAAAGACUCAUCUUGUUGACAUGACAGGUUUGUUGGUGCAGAGGGAAUUUAGAGGGCCCGCCUCAACAUAUGGGGUCUACAAUCUGUGGAGAGGAGAAGAGAGAUGUGUUUGAUAACCACACGACACACGAUUCAUUUCAAAGCAUCAUUUCCAAGCCAAGUGAAAAGAAUUCUGUUUUGAAUUACAUACGCUACCAUUCAAAGGUUUGGGGUUCCACUUUUUUUUAUGAAUUACAGGUAAUACUUUUAUUCAGUGGGAUGCUUUCAAUUAAUCAAGUAAAGAAAGAAUAUUUAAAACAUGGUUUCAGAUAUGUGUUGUCCUUCUGAACGGACUAUUCAUCAAAUGAUCCUGAAAAAAAAGCAGUACAACUAUUUUCAGCAUUGAUAUAAAUAAGAAAUGGCUCUGGAGCAGCAAAUCGUCAUAUUAGACAUGGAAAAUUCUGCUUUGAUAACACAUAAGGUCUAAUUUGAUGGCUUAGCUUUUACAAUCAGUGCCAAAUUCAGUUCUCUGAACAACAUAAAUCAAUGUGUUACUAUUAUCUAGCUUUUGCUAUGUUUUGAGAGGUCUACAACCAGAAAUCUCAGUUAAAAAGAUUAGAACCUUAUAUAGGAUUGAUGUUUUUCAUUUGAUUUGGCUUCCAAAUAACCAAAGUGGCUUAAUGCUGUCUCACUCUCAGCAAAGCUAUGCAGUUUCUCGAAGGCUUUAUUUAUAAAUGAGAUUAUAAAUGAUCAGUGCUGUACUGUCCUUGAUCUAAGCCUGUCUUUAUCUGAAAAUCUCUUUUUUUAUUUAUGCAUAUUGUUUAGUGUUAACAAGCUGUCUGAAAUGAUGUGCGUGCUUGUGAACAGUACAAACUGUGUGUGUAUAUAUCUGUGUAUGGGUAAAUGUGUGCUUAUCCAUGUAUAUUUUGUACAUAGUAAUCGAUUCACAUGCUGAAUACUGUGUGUAAACACUUUUAGGGACAUUUUCGCUGAAACUGUUUACUGUUCAUCUGUCAUUGCAGCACUGUUCCUAAGAGCCAGUCAUCCUGAGACAUCACUGAACAAAACUGCAUGUAUUAAACUUUUCGGGUCUGUGUGCUCAGCUCUCCGGAGAAUGUCGCACUGUUGUGUGUUUUAUGGCAGAAAAAUACAGAAGAAUAAAGCUGUCAUAUUUUGUGAAGGUAAUAAAGAUGUGCUGAAAAGUG